UUUCAGUUCAAACUCACUCUGGAACACUUGAAAUGGCUUCAUCCUCCCCCUCUUCCACAAAGAGAAGAUAUAUGUACGACGUGUUCUUGAGCUUCAGAGGCUCAGACACACGGACCAACUUCACGGACCACCUCUACAUGGCAUUAAUUCGUGCCGGAAUACAGGUCUUUAGGGAUUCCGAGGAACUAAGAACAGGGGAGGUUAUAUCAGAGGCACUGAUCCGGGCAAUCCAAGGCUCUAUGUACUAUAUCGUGAUCUUGUCAGAAAACUAUGCAAGUUCGAGCUGGUGUCUUGACGAGCUGGUGCACAUCAUGGAGCGUCGGAAAGGAAGGAUAUUCCCAAUAUUCCAUCGUGUUAAUCCUUCUUAUUUCAGGUAUAUGACGGGUAGUUUUUGCGAGGCUAUUGAGAUACAUGAAGCUCUCAAAAGACGAACACAAGAUGAAAUAUCCGGGUGGAGAUCUGCUCUUCGAGAAGUUGCAGAUCUUUCUGGCUGGAAUAGCAGCAAGUUUUGGACCGAAGGACAUUGUAUCACCGAGGUUGUUGACUCAAUCAGUAGAAGGCUGAACAAAACCAACACCUACUUACAUGUUGCGGUCUACCCAGUUGGAAUAGAGUCUCGCAUUAAAGAUAUGUGUAAUUACUUAUCUGAUGGGAAAGAGGAUGAUGUUCGCAUGGUUGGAAUUUGGGGUAUGGGUGGAAGUGGGAAAUCAUCACUCGCAAGAGCUGUCUAUAACAAAUUCUAUCAUAGCUUUGAAAAUUAGAGUUUCCUCGGAAAAGUUAGGGAAACUGCCAAGGAGUCAAACGGUAU